AUGGCAUCAGCAAAUUUCCUGGACAUUCCGGGCCCACCGCGCAAGAAGAUGCGGAAGGGGACGAAGAGUUGUACUGAAUGUCGUCGGCGAAAGAUCCGCUGUACAUUCGAUCCAGCCCGUCCCAAUGUCUGUAAUGAGUGCCAUUCCAGAGGCUCAAUUUGCAUUGAUCAGGAAUCUGGAGCCUUGUCUCCCAAUGUCUCUGGAGUCCUCCCCAGAGACCAACCCUAUAGCCUACGGGAGAGGGUGACGCAAUUAGAGAAUGUCGUCAGGGACAUUCUGCAGAGACUGAAUCAAUCUAGUCCCGGGAGCUCCACCUCACCAGCGCAAGAAACCACCAGAGACGAGGCUGAGAAAUUCGAUAAUGCACCCAAGAUUCCUUCGUCCAACACCAUUCCCAAACCAUCUGAGACAGCCCUGCCGUCUUCAGACGAGCAUGUUGAAAAUGCUCCAGUCUUGCAGCUCUUCAACAAUCAGGUCGUCACCUGCACUGAAGGCGCACCAAAUAGAUCGCAUGACGCAGCUGCAACUAAAGACCUCUCGCCCAAGGCGAUAGCUGCGCGGGCUCAGCUCGUGUCCCUCGUGCCACCUAAGGCUGAUAUCCUCAAGAUCCGUCGCGCGGUUGCAAAGUGGUGGGCCGUCUGGCAUUACAUGUUCCCAGAACUUUGCGACGGGUGUGGACAGUGUCUCAUGGACGACAACGCAAUGUGCGAAUUGCCUACUUCUCCUGGGGAAGUUGCCAAAUUUCUCCUGUGUGUUUUGAUGAGUCUUGAACAGCUUCCAUCGGACUUUGAUUACACAUCCCUCCAAGUCCCGUUCGAUCCCAAAGAAUACAGCGAUCGUGUCAUCUCUGAGAUCGACCGACUGAUCAUCUAUGAUGACGACUUGGCCAGCACCCUUCCUGGCAUCGAGUCUAUGAUGCUGCUCUCCAAGUGGUACCUGAAUAUGGGACGGCCACGGAAGGCAUGGCUCAUGAACCGUCGGGCGAUUGAAUUUGCACAACUCACGGGGCUGCGUCUAUCGACGGCCAAACCGCCCCAUCCCACUGAUACUCUUUUCAAUCGCCGCAUCCGAAUCUGGACUUCUAUUGUCUUAAACGAUCGCUUCCUUAGCCUCAUUCUCGGGCUGCCCUAUGCGGUCUCGGACUCCGCAUUCAGACCGCAGGUCGAAAUGCGGUUGCAGAAGGAAAAGCCGUCGUUGGAGAACUACGCGCUGCGACUGGCCCUGGUUAUGGGCCAGAUGAUUGACCGCAACCAGGAAGAUCCGUCGAACAUGUCCCUCGCCGCGACGUUGAAGAUGGAACAGGAUCUGGAGACCCAUGCACGGGCAAUGCCGAGCCAUUUCUGGGAGCCGCGCCCCGACAAUCAACUCACGCCCGGGGAGAAUAACGACCGCCUGAUGAUCCACUUCUUCCACCAUUUCCUCCGCGCGCUGCUGCAUCUGCCGUUUAUGCUGAAAUCCAACGGGGACCGGCGGUAUCGGUACAGUCAUGACGCGGCGAUUGAAUCGUCCCGGCGCACUCUCGUUGCGUACAAUAGUCUUCGGUCGUGGUCCGGGAUCAAUCCCUACAUCUGCCGAGUCAUCGACUUUCAAGCCUUCACCGUGGCCAUGCUCCUGAUCAUCCAUCUGCUCGGAUACUCGGAAGACGCGCCCGACCACAGCCAGGCACAAGACGACAAGGACUGGGCGCUUGUGAUGGAGACGACCGAGGUUCUUCGCAAAGCGGCGCAGGAGACCUGUGGUACCGUUGCGGCGCAGUCGCUCAACAUCCUGGACGCGAUCACCAAGUGCGAUCCCAAUCUCCUAUCGUCGACACCAAACGACAUGUCGUGCAAGAUCACCGUGCCGUACUUUGGGGUCAUCACCGUGUCACCGGGGAAGAAAUUGGCCAGUCUCAUGAGCCGCAACAGCGGUAAGCAUCCCCCCCCAGGCCCAUGCCGCGCCCCGUCCCGGUCUUCCGGCCAGCCCAGUCCAUGUCAGCUCUACACCCCGCCGCAAUCGAAUCCAGGGGACUUUACUACGAGUCGCGAACCGGGCAGCGCGAUGGGCUCCGAGCAGGCCUGCUGGACGCCUCCGUUCACGGACGAGUCGCGGAUCCAACUGGAGAACAUGGUGGCGUUCCCCAAUGCGGGGCUGGACCAGAACGUGUUCCAGGGGUUUUUGAAUGACCAGAAUAUUGGGCUGUGGCCGAAUCUGAAUCUGGAUCUCGACCUGGACCAGGGGUGGAAUUUGAAUUGGACGGAGGAGAAUAAUAUCACGCAGUGA